GCCAGGUGGGACGGCGAACGCGUCGCGCGUAAUUUCAAAUUUUCAAACUUCGAACGCGGACGUUCGAACUUUUACUUUCGCGGUUGCGUCACGUCAAUUUUGUAAUAGUUCCAUUUUUAAUCGAAUAUUUGGUGUUACUAGUGUUGUGUGAAAUUAAUAAGUGAAAUUGUGGUUUUUGUGUUGUGGAUACGAUUAUGGAUUGAUGUUUGUACGAUUUGCUAACUUUGAAUAGUACCAACCAUGGCGGAGUCAGGUGGAGUGGUCAACAAGGCGUUCGAGGGUGCUGAUGACGGCUUCCAGACCAUAGACCUUCGCUCCAACCGCAGGGAAGACCACAACGGCACAUCACAGAAUGACACGGAGCCUGAGCCGGAGUCCCCCAUGUCCGGGGCUCCAGAGGAGGCGCGGGCGCUCCGCUGCGGCUGGGGGGUGUUCCGCCCCGCCUUCCUGCAGAGGUUCAGAACUGCUAAGUGGGCUUUGUUCUGGCUGUGCUGGGCUGGCGCUAUACAAGGUAUGGUGGUGAACGGGUUUGUGAACGUGGUGAUCACCACCAUCGAGAAGAGGUUCGGAUUGAGGUCCAUGCAGACAGGAGUCAUCGCUGGAGGGUACGAUAUGGCAUCAUUCGCAUGCCUGGCCCCAGUGACAUACCUGGGGGGUCGCAGCGGUUCCUCCAAGCCCCGCUGGCUGGGCUGGGGCGUCCUCCUCAUGGGCACUGGGUCUCUUCUGUUCGCCCUCCCCCACUUCAUGGUCGCUCCUUACAGGGUAGCAGGGGAGGAACCAGAUGACCUCUGUUCCGCAAACAGAACAAUGACGAGUUGUUCCGGAGACACGACAUCAGAAGGGGGAUCGUGGGCGGUGGGCAUCUUCGUGUUAGCUCAGCUGCUACACGGCGCAGGCGCAACCCCGCUAUUCACGCUCGGCGUCACUUAUAUAGACGAGAACGUGUCCAAGAAGAUGUCGUCGGUGUAUUUGGGCGUGUAUUACACAAUGGCUGUCGUAGGCCCAGCGUUGGGCUAUGUGCUGGGCGGUCAGAUGCUCAAGAUUUACACUGACUUCGCGACCGUCGAUUCAGAAACGAUAGGCAUAACCCCGCUAAGUUCGGUCUGGAUCGGCGCGUGGUGGGUCGGGUUCAUCCUGUCUGCAGUCCUGUGUCUCAUUGUAGCUGUACCUCUACUGGCGUUCCCUUACGAGUUGCCUGGGGCCGACGAAAUCAGAGCAUCAAAAGUGUCGGAGGCCCACGAAGGUGCUGCAUCCAAAUCAGCCGCUUUCAGCGCUCUACACGAGCUGCCUAAAGCCGCUGCAGCGCUGCUGAAGAAUCCCACGUUCAUGUUCCUCAACCUGGCCGGAGCCAGCGAGGGCAUGCUGAUAUCGGGAUUCGCAGCUUUCCUACCCAAACUCAUUGAGAACCAGUUCGCGGUGAACGCUUCAGAGGCAGCCCUAUUGUUAGGUGUGAUCACGGUGCCGGCGGGAGGCGGUGGCACCUUCCUCGGUGGCUGGCUGGUCAAACGCUGGCAUUUGGCCUGCGCCGGCAUCAUCAAGCUGUGUGUGGCUGCUUCCAUCCUCGCUGGAGUCUUCACAUUCAGCUUUAUCUUAACCUGUGAGGACUAUCCGUUCGCUGGCGUCACUGUUAUGUACAACUCUCCACCGGUACCUGGCGGUGACCGCUUACUGUCAUCGUGUAACAUCGGCUGCGGUUGCGCGAAUGCUGCGUACGCGCCGGUGUGCGGCGCCGACGGCGUGGUGUACUACUCGGCGUGUCACGCCGGCUGUCGGGCCCGCAGCGUGUCAGGCGCCGAGCAGCUGUUCCAUCGCUGCGGCUGUGUCACGCCCCCGGAAGGCACUCCAUUGCCGACGUUCAAUGUAGACGGAACCAACACCUCGAUAUCAUACGAAGCAACCAACAGUAUGUGCAGUACGGGCUGCCCAUACCUCUGGGUGUUCGUCUUUCUCACCUUCUUAGUCAUGCUGUUCACUUUCUUGGCUACUAUGCCGGCUCUGUCAGCUACUCUCAGAUGCGUUCGUGAGGAUCAACGUUCGUUCGCGCUCGGGAUCCAGUGGAUCAAGGUUCGACUCCUGGGCACCAUCCCCGCGCCAUUGCUCUUUGGAUUCCUCAUAGAUCUGUCGUGUUCUCUAUGGGCCAGCGCCUGUUCUACCACGGGGGCUUGUCUGCUUUACGACAAUGUUAACAUGAGCAGAUACAUGUUAGCAUUAGCUCUUAUCGGCAAACUAUGUUCCAUUCUGUUCUUCUUCCUCGCAUGGUGGUUCUACCGUCCACCGGGCGGUAAGAGCGGCAACGCUGUACUCCCCUCCGUGGACCUUGUCGUGUGCAGCGAGAAGAACGGCAACGUCGCAAAUGGCGCAGUCGGAAAUGGCGGGGAAAGGGUGAAUGGUUACUGCAACGCUGCUUUGGAAUGCAGUGAACAUUUGUAAAGUUAGAAAAACAAAUCAAUCAUAAAGUGAUCAACUCUUUAGGUGAGGUGAAAAACCUAUAUCUAAAACCGGUAAAUGUCAGAGAUGACAAAAGUAGUUAAUACAUUUUAAAUUGUUUUUAGUUCAGCUGUCUCAAAUAAGUAGGUAGGUAUAAUGCGUAUGACAUGUGCAAGAAAUAAAGAACAUUAUGUAACCAUUAUUUUGACAAAACAAAUACAUAAUAAAAUAGAUAGGUUCUGCCUAUAUUACCUAUGUACCAAUUUAAUAAGUAGUUAAUUCAAGUGAGCGUUAUCAUUAUCAUAUACAGCCAAAUUUGAGAAUAUGAGUUUAAGUAGUAAAUCAAUUUGCUACUAACUUUUAAAAUCUGCGAACGUCUCGAACCGAAAGUAUUUUAGACAAUAAAUAACUUUUUAUUUAUAUAAAAUCAUUAUAAAAUGUUUAACUAUGAAAGAAGCACGUCGUAAACAACAAUUUUUGUGAAAUUAGUUUUUAUACAAAAAAUAAAUAUUAAGCUUAAAGAAAUUAUUAAUAAUUACAUAUUUAGUAAAAUAACAGCGCAUCACUAAUUGUAGAUAUCUUUUUAUUUUCUAAUGAAUUUAAUUAUCCUGAAAUAAUUUGCAGCAUACCAGUGUAUGAAUUUAAGUAUUUAAUUUAUUUAUAUUUUUUGUUUGAUGAAAGAAUAAACGUUGAACAUGUUGUUUGUUUAUAUUAGAUUUUAUUUUGUUAGUAGACAUUUAUUUAAAUAGAUCACGCAAUUUAUUUGCUUUUAAAAUAAAAAUCAGCUAUCCACCAGGCUAUGGUUUUGUAAAUUAGUGAAAAAUGGAUUAUGAUUUCAUCACAAAAUAGUUAUGUAUUUUUUUUACCGGAAAUAUAUGUUUUACAAAACUUUCUACAAAUUACGUUACUUUGAAUGAUUGUCAAUUUUUCUCAACUUAUGUAAAUAAUGUCCUUGCGUUUUCUAUUUAGAUGUUAGUCUGUGGAGAGAGUAGAUGUGAAGCAUUCCAGUUAAUUCUGUUGUAAAUUAUAUUAUCUGUGAUGUUGUAGUCUUAAAUUUAUUUAAGGUAGAAUAAAGCAAGCUUAAAGUUAUUUAAGGUAGAAUAAUUACAAGACAUUAAGGCUUGAAUUAGAAUAAACAAGACACUAAGAAAUUAUUGUACUUCAUGGACCAUGUUCGAUCGGUAAAUAUCAUUGGCUAAUACUAAAUUUAUUCUAAUAUCAUAAAGGCGAUAUCCCAUACCAUAUUUUAAUGUUAAUUCUUUGGGGGUAGGUCAAUCUGUUUAAUUUUAUUCAGGUUUCUUCACUUACAAAUUUAAAAAAAAAUCCUAUUAUCAGAAUAUUAUUGAACAUGAAAAAAAAAUAUAUUUAAAAGUGUCAGUCUUCCAACAGUGGCCAUUUAAUAAAAAUGAAUAUAGGUACUGCCAUUGUUGGUAGUAAGAUAAGAAAUAAUUUUCUUGCCGCUAUAUUUGAAAAAAUAAGGGUUAUUUGCCACAAGUGGCAAGUAAAAUAAACAAAACAUUCUGCCGCUACCUACAGGUGGACUGGACACGUCUAUUAAUUUAUGCUUAAUUUUAACCUACUUUGUUAAGUCAAAAGAACAUCCAUGUUUGUAUAAUAAUUUCCUAGUUCCUAUCAUAUAUCCUGGAGUACAACCCUAAAGGCACAAUUUUUGAAAUUUACCGUUUUUAUGUAUGUAUUUGAUAAAAUCAGUAGUUUCCCACAUCACGAGUUCUAGCAUUAAGUACAAUCGUGUACACGAGUGUUUACCUUAUUUGUUGAAUUUGAGGUCAAUAGUUGUUGAAGUGUAUUUUGGUUAAAGACUGAUUGUUUGAUAGAUUAAGUAGAUAUUAAUUAAAAUUAAUUAGAAAUAACUCUCUUCUUGCGUAUGUUACAUAACAUUUUGGCAAAUAUUCUUAUGUAAAAUGAUGAAACUAUUAUGUAAACAAGAAACGCAUUAAUUUAGCACAAUUUUUUUAUGGAUGGCUUAAUUUUUUUUUUUGAAGCAUGGUUGCUUCUUAUUUGUCAGAUUAAUAAGGUUGUAAGUACAUCUAUGCAUAACAAAAUAUGAAGAAAGUUGACUUUCACAAAAAUCAAGAAUUUGUUUUUCAGUUUUUUAAGAUCGUUGAUUUUAAUAUGUAACAAAAACGCGGCUUUGAAAAUUAGUAAAAUUAAAAUAUAUAAAUUGUUUACCAGUUUCUUUCAUAUUUUCUUUAAAAUGACUGGGAAUUAAGUUUUGCAUAAUUAUUGCAUCUACACUCAAAAUAUUUGUUCGUAAUUUUACCAACCUUAUAUCAGGAGACAUAAGUUUUAAUAAUAUUUGUCAAAAUUGAGCUGUCUAUAAUAAUCUGUUUCAGUGUUGAGAAUAUGAAUGUGCAACAACCAAAAAUAAUUAUGAAUAAAGUAGGUACCUAUCUAUUUACCUAUGCGAUACAUAAUGUCUGACCAAAGGUUUUUAAAUUUUCCAACCUGUAAAAGUUAAAUCUUCUAAUCUGAUUUUUAAUUAUGUAAUCAAAUUGUGUCACUUGUCAAUUUGGAAUAUUAAAAAUAAUUUCAAUAUGGAAAAAAAAAUUGUUGAGAUUUUACGAUUUUUUUUUGUAAACUACUUAGUUACUAUUUAGAAAACUAAAAAGAAACAUGGGAAGAUAAGAAAACGGUUUUCGUUAAAUAUUUCAAGUAAGUACAACGUGGGUAGAUAAUAUCCAACGUUUUUGUAAAUUUUACAUUUUUCUAAUGUUAUUUGUAGGUUGGUAUUAUGAAUUUCGCGCGUUAAUUCGUAAUGUAAGCUAAUCAAUUUUGAAAUUGUACAAUUUUA